AUGACCGAUACAUCGCAGGGGACGUGUUCACAUCCAACGUAUCACAAUAAUAAUUUGAGCAGUCGCUGUAAUCAUCAUUAUUCGGAACAUUCGCAAUAUAAUACUGGAUCUAGACGAUCGGCAUUUAAUGGUUUUGGUGGUGGUUGGUUCGAUACGAAUCGUAGGCAGUUUACUCAGCGCAAUCAUUCGUGCUCAAUUCCGGAACUGGUGAGGGAAACAGGAUUAAUUCUGGAAGUGCAAAGAGAAUAUGGCCGCAUCCUUAGUCAAUCUAAUUUUUCCACACCAAAUAUUCAUAUUUAUUUUUCGCCUUCUACUCUGGUUAAUGAUGCACCGUUGAGCGUGAUCACUGAUAACCUUGCCGAUGUUUUCCAAGCUGGAGCAAUG